AUGGAGAAAACACGGAUUGCUAAGGUUGACAAUGUGACCUUGGCUCGCCGCGGAGAGCAGGUCGAUGGUACCCUCCAUCUAACCCCUCACCACCUCAUCUUUUCGCACACCCCACCUAUCUCCCCAGAGGACCAGAUAAAGGGCGUGAUAACAAGGCCCAGAGAACUCUGGAUCACAUAUCCUAUCAUCGCUUUCUGCACCCUGCGGCCAGCUCCCGCCGCCUCCCGCCAGCUCUCUUCUAUCCGCCUCCGAUGCCGAGACUUCACGUUCGUCUGUUUCUACUUUGUAAAUGAGCACAAAGCACGGGAUGUGUUUGAAAGUAUCAAGCAGUGGACGUGCAAAUCCAGUCGUAUCGAUAAGCUUUACGCCUUUAGUUAUCAGCCUCCCCCGCCAGAAAAGGAGUUUAAUGGGUGGGAGUUGUAUGACCCACGCAAGGAAUGGGCACGCCAGGGCUGCUUGAACGAUGGGAAAGCAUGGCGCCUUUCAGAGAUCAACAUGAACUAUGAGGCAUGCUCACAAACCAAUCCGACUCCGCUGGUCGGUGUCCGUCAGAACCGAAGCAUUCAAGAUGAAAAGCUUCUGUCCGCUAUCUUCUUGACUUCUCGUUCCGAGCGGCCGUUGGCAAGUUUCUCGGCCACAGAGAAAGAGCCAGAUUCCAGCAGCCCAGAAACGAGCCAGGUGAUGGUUCCUGAAUUAAACAAUGCCGAGGAACUUGAGGACGACUUGUUAGCCGCUACAAGUGGCGAUCCUGAAGAUCAUCGCUCGAUAUAUGGUGCCCAGCAGUCGAAUUUGAUCGUAGACGCUCGCCCUACAGUGAAUGCAUUUGCCAUGCAGGCUGUUGGACUUGGAUCGGAGAACAUGGACAACUACAAAUUCGCUACCAAGGCAUAUCUUGGCAUUGACAAUAUCCAUGUUAUGCGAGACUCGCUUAACAAGGUGAUUGAUGCUUUGAAGGAGUCAGAUGUUACCCCAUUAGGGCCAAAUCGUGACCAGCUAGCGCGCAGCGGCUGGUUGAAGCAUAUUGGCGGAAUCUUGGAGGGAGCCAGGCUAAUCACUCGUCAAGUUGGACUUACUCAUUCUCAUGUUUUGAUCCACUGCUCUGAUGGCUGGGACCGUACGAGCCAGCUCAGUGCGCUGAGCCAGAUUUGUUUGGACCCCUACUUUCGGACCCUGGAGGGCUUCAUGGUGCUGGUAGAGAAAGACUGGCUUUCAUUUGGACACAUGUUCCGACACCGGUCUGGUCAUUUAAACAGCGAGAAAUGGUUCCAGAUCGAAAACGAACGCAUCGGCGGAGAUCCCAACCGUGCCUUUGGCGACGGUGGGGGUGCAGGGAAGGCUAUUGAAAAUGCUUUCCUGAGUGCCAAGGGAUUCUUUGGUCGAGACAACAAUAGCCGUGACUCUUUGCCGGACUCAGAUGGAGAGCUUCAAAACUAUGACUCUGACACUCCCGUGAAGAAGCCUACUAUACCGCGCUCGGGGGUGUCCGAGAAGGAGAUAACCAAACCAAAAGAGACGAGCCCUGUGUUCCAUCAGUUCUUGGAUGCAACAUAUCAGCUGCUUCAUCAACAUCCGACACGAUUUGAGUUUAACGAGCGUUUCCUGCGACGACUGCUCUAUCAUCUCUACUCCUGUCAAUUUGGCACAUUCUUGUUCAACAGCGAGAAAGAACGUGUGGAUUGCAAGGCCAGUGAACGAACCCGUAGCGUUUGGGAUUACUUCCUCGCUCGCCGGGAGCAAUUCACGAAUCCUCAGUAUGACCCUGUCAUUGACGACAAUCAGCGCGGAAAGGAACGACUCAUCUUUCCCCGGGUCAAUGAAACACGGUGGUGGAAUGAGGUAUUCGGUCGAACAGACGCAGAGAUGAACGGGCCCCGUUCCUCGGCGACACCCAGUGACAUCCCGCAAAGUACAGUGUUGACUGGUAUUGAGACUGCAGGGACAAACAGUGCGGGUAAAAUGACUGAUGUAUCGGGGAUGACAGCUGCUGUGACGUCGGGCGUAUCUAAGCUUGCAUUCCCAGCGGAGCGCACCGACAAACCGACCGAGUUAGAAGUAGAGAUGCAAUGA